UCCGGGGAAAAGGAGACUGGCGGCGUCUCGAUCACUCCAGGGAAGACCAUGGUUCUGUCCAGGACUCCUCAGCGUUUUUUGCUGCUACUCUCACUGCUGGUGACUUGCUGGGCUCAGAGGGGCCCGGUCGGUCCCAGAGGCCCCCCGGGACCACCUGGAAUCGCUGGCGUGCCUGGAGUGGACGGCAUUGACGGCGACAGAGGAGACGACUCCAAAGUGAACGGCCAACCGGGUCCUGAUGGACAAAACGGCAAAAACGGCGCUCCUGGGGCUUCAGGACUUCCAGGAGCAGAUGGACUUGUGGGACCCUCAGGAGAUCCAGGUCCACCAGGCCUGAAAGGACAAAAAGGGGAUUCUGGACCGCGAGGGCCAGCCGGAGAACCGGGUGUCGGACCGGGCGGCCUGGAUGGCAUCCCAGGGACGGACGGACUCCCAGGAGAAAUGGGAAAAGCUGGUCCUCCAGGCGUCAGAGGCAAGAGGGGACAAGUGGGGGCUCUUGGUGCUGUUGGACCUCGGGGUCCUCCUGGCAUCUAUCAAGGGGAAGAACUGUGUCCUAGUGCCUGUACUGCUGGACUGUCAGGACACGCUGGCCUACCGGGCAUGAAAGGUCACAAAGGGGUGAAGGGAGAGUCUGGUGAGCCCGGAAGACAGGGGCACAAGGGCGAGGAGGGCGAGCAGGGACUGCAGGGGAACAUUGGAUCUCAAGGACUUCCAGGCCCAGGUGGAUCUAAAGGCCUCCCCGGAAUAACAGGCUCCAAAGGUGAAAGGGGGCCGCGAGGAAAAUCUGGCGAUGCGGGCCCUCAGGGCGCACUGGGAUCUCCAGGGGACGUUGGCCAGAGAGGAGCCCUAGGAGAGAGCGGCCCCAGGGGUACACAGGGUGAACGGGGUCCUGCUGGGAUCAGAGGAGUACCAGGACCAAAGGGAGAAGCUGGCCUUGCUGGGCCGGAUGGUCGGGAAGGAAUACCUGGACUUCCAGCAUCAAAGGGUCUUCCUGGGAAGAACGGCGCUCCAGGUGAUGGUGGACUUCAAGGUCUUCCCGGCGUUCCGGGCGCUUACGGACAGAAAGGAGUUAGCGGUCCAAUGGGGGUCUCAGGUGACCCAGGAGUCGCAGGACUGAUGGGCUCGUCUGGAAAGCAAGGCGAGCGUGGAGACCAGGGCGAGGUCGGCUCUGUUGGACCAAGAGGAGGACCAGGUGAACGAGGAGAACGAGGCCAUGACGGACCAUCGGGAUCCUCAGGAGGAAGGGGAGGCAAAGGCGACAUGGGCCUUCCAGGACUUCCUGGACCAGCUGGAUAUGGAGGACAGAAGGGCGACAGGGGCGCUGUGGGUCUGGAUGGUCCAAACGGAGACCAGGGAGGUUCAGGUGCUGAGGGAACACCAGGAGGGCCAGGAGAACUGGGUGAACAAGGGGAACCAGGAGAGAAGGGAUCGACGGGACCGCCAGGAGAGACCGGCAACAAAGGACCAGAGGGGGGUCGAGGGCAGCAGGGCAAGGAGGGCAAGUCGGGCCAGCCCGGACCACGGGGCAUGCAGGGUGACAUGGGAAUACCUGGCCUACCUGGAAGUCAGGGACCUUCGGGAAAAGCACCGAGUGACUCGCACAUCAAACAAGUCUGCAUGAGAGUCAUGCAAGAGCAGCUGGCCCAGCUGGCAGCCAGUCUGAGCAGACCUGAGUCUGGCGUCUCGGGGCUCCCAGGGCCGCCUGGCCCGCCCGGACCUCCCGGGUCUACCGGUGAGAACGGUUUCCCCGGACACAGCGGAUCUCGAGGACUACCCGGUCUGAAGGGACCGCCUGGAUUGCUGGGCCGUAAAGGACCUAAAGGUGAUCAGGGGGACAGAGGGGACAGAGGACCCACCUCCAGGGGGCUCAAGGGAUCUCCAGGUGCUCCAGGUCUGCCAGGCCAGUCAGGCAGGGCGGCUUACGGCUCAGACGGCCGCGAUGGCGAGCGAGGGCCUCGCGGCGCUCCCGGGACUACCGGCGUCCCCGGACCUCCGGGUCCGGCAGGGCUGAACAGCUACUGCGAGCCGUCGCAGUGCAUCCUCCCCAUGGUGGCCUCGCCCGUCUCAGCCAAGGACUCCAGCAUGAAGGGUCCCAGUGAGAUGUGAGGGUCCAGCAUGGAAGUGGACUCGUACUGAGAGACGAGUCAGAGAAGAUCCCAGAGUCGUAUUCCGUGCUCACCUGGCAGGGACGCCAUGUUACUCUUGAACCUUCAUAAGGUCAAGUCCAUCAGAACCAGAAAGGUCCUUCAGUAGGUCCAUGGAAACGCAUCAAUACACUACAUUUACUGCUGGAAGAACUCUUUCUCCAAAUGUUUUCAGAUUGGAAGUUUUUGGGCCGGGAAGGCGGAUUCUUUUGGAACCUCGCCGGCGCUUUUCUGUGAACUAUUUAUUCUAGCAAGGUUCCACACGUGUACAGAGAAGAA